CCUUCUCUGUGAUUUCUACAAUGAUUUUUACAUCUCUACUGUGAUUUUUUAACUUGAGUGAAUGUUAUCAUGAGUGCCGGUCUCGGAUUUCAAUCGCCCACAAUCUCACGUAAAUCUCAAUGCAUUUUGAUUAUAAUAGUUGCUUCAUUAUCAUUUGCCAUUUCUCUUGAUGGAGAUUUUGUUUUCGAUGAUUCCGAAGCCAUCGUUAACAACAAAGAUAUCAAACUUACGACUCCAUUACUACAAGUUUUACAAAAUGACUUCUGGGGGACAAACAUGCUGCACAAUAAAAGUCAUAAAUCGUACCGACCUGUUACAGUUAUUACAUACAAAAUGAACUUGCUUCUUAGUGAUGGAGAGUUAACACCAUUCAAAUUCAAACUGACUAAUCUUCUUUUACAUGUGAUAGCUUGUUUAUUUUGUUUCACAAUGUAUGAAAAGCUUCUCGAUGGGUCCCAACCAAAAAUAGUGUUUCUAUCAGCGAUAUUAUUUGCAAUACAUCCAAUACAUACGGAAGCCGUAGCAAACGUUGUCGGAAGAGCAGAACUAUUAUGCACAAUUUUUGGACUCUUGGGUUUUUUAUUUUUUUGUAAAACAAGAUAUGUAGAGAAUUACUUCACAAAUAUACUGUGGACUUUCAUUAGCAUCUUAUUUGUUGGACUGUCUAUGUUUAGCAAAGAACAAGGUAUUACAAUUUUCAGUAUUUGUAUAUUGUAUGAUCUCAUUAUUGUCAAUAGAAUUCGGAUUAAGGAUAUUGCUCAAUUUAUAGCGAUUAAUUUCAGAUCAAAUCAACAUGAAUCAUAUCAGAAAACGAAGAUGGUGGAGUUAUUGAACAUAAGUGAGAGACAAUUCAGGUUUUUAUGUAUAAGAACAAUCUUAAUAGGAGCGAGUGGUGUUGCAUUUAUGUAUUUGCGAUUAAAAAUUAUGGGUUCACUGCCCACCUUCCAGGAAGUUGACAAUCCAGCAUCUUUUCUUGAAAAUAGUGCAUUGAAAACUAUGAACUACUUUUACAUUUAUUCGUUAAAUGCGUGGCUGCUGCUUUGUCCAGAUUGGCUGUGCUUUGAUUGGUCCAUGGGAUGUGUGCCUUUAAUAACGUCUUUGAGUGAUUCGAGAAUAUUUGCAGUUGUUUUAUUUAUUUUUGUAUUAUCCAGUGUGUGUCUGAGUGUGGUGAGAUUUGAGAACAACAAAUUGCAGAGGGCUUCCUUACUGGCAUUGAGCAUUAUUUUGUUGACGUUUCUGCCAGCAAGCAAUCUCUUCUUCAGAGUUGGCUUUGUCGUGGCUGAAAGAGUACUCUACCUGCCAUCGAUUGGAUAUUGUUUGCUUGUAUCAAUCGGAUUCCACAAAUUGGCUGGUCAUUUUCAUCAAAUAGACAGAUUGUGAUCUUGAGAACUUGCGUGUGCCUACUGAUCGUUGUGUUGUUUGCACGUUCCGUGCGCCGGAGUACGGAAUGGAGAACUGAAAAAGACCUGUUUCGAUCAGGAGAGCGCGUUUGCCCGUUGAAUGCCAAAGUGCACUAUAACAUGGGAAAAGUUGCUGACAACAGAGCCAUGGCGGUGAAGCACUAUCGCGACGCCAUCUCUCUCAAUCCAAACUACGGCCAGGCCAUGAACAAUCUGGCAAAUAUCCUCAAGGAUAUCGGCGAUUUGGAUGAGGCCGAAAUGUACUUGCGGACAGCUGUGCGGCUCAGGACUGAUUUUGCAGCAGCUUGGAUGAACCUUGGUAUUGUCCUAUCCAAUAAGGAGCAGUAUGACGAGGCGGAGAAAUGUUUCCUCAGUGCUUUGAAAUAUCGGAGUCAUUAUCCUGACUGCUAUUACAAUCUUGGAAACCUGUACCUUGGUAAGAAAAUGUUCUCGGAUGCUCACAAUGCUUGGCAGAAGGCAAUAUCUCAAAAUCCAAAACACGUGGUUGCUUGGAAUAAUAUCAUUAUCAUGCUGGAUUCUCUUGGUGAAUAUGGAAAAGCAGAGGAAACUGCCAAUGAAGCUUUAAAGAUGGUUCCUGAUGAUGCUGGAGUUCGUUUCAACUUGGCCAAUGCACUAGGAAAACUUUCCAGAUUUGAAGAAUCCGAAGAAAGCUUCUUGGAAGCAAUACGUCUGAAGCCGGAUCAAACAAUAUAUUAUGUUAAUCUAGGAGUUCUCUACCAUCGUUGGAAGAAACUUGAGAAGGCAAAGCUCAUGUAUUAUAGAGCCCUGGAAUUGAAUCCAAACUCAGAGAGUGCAUUACGGAAUCUGAGGAUGCUGGAGUGAAUAGAUUUCGCCAUUUGAUCUAGGAAAUGAUGAAAAUAUUUGACUUCCUUGAGCUUUGAUGUUUUUUUGUUGAUUGUAUCGUAUUCAUAUGGACACCAGAGGCCGGUUUCCGAGCUCGGGAUUUAGCUAAGUUCUAGACUUUAAACAGCUGGAGUCAGAAAAUUGGCUUUCCAAAGCGGGGUGUAGUCACCGUUUUUAUGAUAUCUUCAUUUUCUCAUUUCUAUGAUCAUUAGAAACGUUUUUCCAUGACGAAAUGAAACAUUCCUAAAUGGUUCAAAAUAGCUGAAACUUUACACUACUUUCUCUUUAUUUUGUGUUCAAUUUUCUAGCUUUUCGAAAUUUUAUUUAAACGUGGACUACGACUACGCCCCGUUUCGGAAAGCCAAUUUUCUGACUCGAGAUGUUAAAAUCUAGAACUUAGCUAAAUCCCGAGCUCGGAAACCGGCCCUAAUUGUUUUCAAUCCAAGGAAUUAAACAAGUAUAAAACUAACAACAAACUGUAAUUUAAUGAACCACUUCCAAUACUAAACUCACAUUUCUAGA